GACCAACCGUCGCCAGUCGCUCCAAUGUGCUUGCGCUGGAUUAAUUUCAUUACUUGAAUACUGAUGUGUCUGCGAACGAGUUGCGCAGAGAGCCGCACGGGGGGAAACAAAUCUGCGCUGCGCCCCGAGCGGAGCCUAAGAGCUAGGACGGCGGGGAGGGGGAACUGUUUUAUGAGUGAUGUACAUGGAAACUGUCCCAAAGUCAAAAGGUUGCAGUUUAACGGACGACGGUAGCUUGUUAGACAUUGCUACACGCAGGAGGAAGCAAGGUUUAGCGGGGACGAAGUGCCACAACCACCCCGCGGCUACUACUGGUCAACGAUCACUCUGCCCAAACUGAUAUUACUUGUGAGAGUGAGGCUACUGUUACUCUCCAAACAGGACCUCGACUUUCUGAAGCACAGAUUAAUUGAGCAAGGACUACCACUUGGAUCUAAUGUCUGCCGAUCUAUGAUACCUCCAGGAGCCACCCACCAACUCAACAUGACUGAAGCUGGGUACGCGCUCGAGAGCUCUAACCUGACAACAGAUGGCGCUAUACUCAGAACAACACCAGCAAAUGUACCCACGUCGAAAAACGUUCACCACGCUGGGACGCGUAUCAUAGUCCUUUUCGUGCUUUUCUUCAUGGGUGUCAUCGGAAACUGUCUUGCUCUCCUUUGGAUUUGGAACAAUCGCAAGAGGAGAUCACGGGUCAACAGGAUCGUGCUGGGAUUGGCCACAGCAGACUUCUGUGUCUGUAUUUUCAACAUUUUGGUAUCCGUUAUAUACGAACUGCAGGAAUACCGCUGGUAUGCGGGUAACGUUGGGUGCAAGACCAUCAUGGCUAUGCAGACUGCAUCACUGAUUGCCUCCAGCUUCAUGCUGGUGAUCAUGGCCAUAGACAGGCACCAGGCUAUUCGUGCACCCCUCAAGGAGGGGUUCUCAGUCAAGAAGAUGAUGAUUCUCGGCUGGGGGCUGGCCGCCCUAUUCUCCGUGCCCCAGUUCUUCGUGUGGGAACUCCAACACCGGGGGUUCGAUACAUGCCGAACCAACCUGAAUCAGACGCCGGACAAACGGUUGAUUUACAUCACCUUUGGUGCCCUGAUAACGUUUUUCUUCCCGUUCGGCAUCAUCACCGUAGCCUACAUCCGACUCUCCAAGAAGAUAUGGGACAAGGCUCGUGAGACUUCGGGCAAACCGCGAAGCGUGAAUAAGAAGAAGAAGAUGCACCUUCAGAGCACCGGCUCGUCCUCGCUCAACAGAGCCAAGAUAAAGACACUCAAAAUGAGCGCCGUUAUAAUCAUCAUGUUUGUCCUUUGCGGGCUACCGUACUUCGCCGUGGAAAUGAUACGCAGCUAUAAUCUCGACAAGGGCACGAUAAACCCCGAGAUUUACGGGAUCUUCGGGAUCUUCGCCGUGUCCAACUCGGCCGUUAAUCCGUACGUGUUCCUGUGGUUCAACAAGCGCACCAAAUGUUUGAAGCUGAUGAGGAUAGGGCCGCCGGAUGACAAGAACCCGAAGAAGCGACGCGUGGGAUCGCGAGGUGCGUCCACGUCCAGUUACUCACCGGACGACACCACCAAAACCAUGAUCGAUACUAAAUUAUGGGCCGCCAAAUCGGACAAUAACCACGCAGAGGUCCGUAACAACCACGUUAACCAUACUACUGACAUUCGAAUGGAUCCAAUUCGUGAAGACUGCAGUACGGAGUGCACGACGGCUAACGUUACACGCUUUGAUCUGAACAGUAACGUGUAACUGCAUCAUGCCGUCGGUUUCACCAAACUCUUCCUAACUUAGG